AUGGCCGAGAGGAUUUCAUCGGAAGCUCUUCUCCCUACAGAGACGGCAUUUGAAGGAACAAUCAACGACAUGUCGUUCCAAGUAAUUUCAUUGCCUUGGGAUGCGAUCAGAGCUCCCCUUGUGGUUCCCCUGCUCCGACUCUCGGUUUUCCUUUGCUUGAUAAUGUCGUUAAUGCUGUUCGUGGAAAGGGUUUAUAUGGGGAUUGUCAUUUCUUUUGUCAAACUCUUUGGAAGAAAACCAGAGAAGCGUUUCAAAUGGGAGCCCAUGAAAGACGAUAUCGAGCUUGGUAACUCUGUUUAUCCUAUGGUUUUAAUUCAAAUCCCAAUGUACAACGAAAAGGAGGUGUAUCAACUGUCGAUUGGGGCUGCAUGUGGACUCUCAUGGCCGUCGGAUCGAAUCAUCAUUCAAGUUCUUGACGAUUCAACAGACCCAAUGAUCAAGGAUUUAGUGGAAAUGGAAUGCCAAAGAUGGGCCAGCAAAGGAAUAAACAUAAAGUACGAAAUAAGAGACAAUAGAAAUGGAUACAAGGCUGGGGCUCUCAAGGAAGGCUUAAAAAGAAGCUAUGUGAAGCAAUGUGAUUUUGUUGCUAUUUUCGAUGCCGAUUUUCAACCGGAACCCGAUUUUCUUUGGCGAACAGUUCCUUUUCUUCUUCAUAACCCCAAUAUUGCUCUUGUUCAAGCUCGCUGGAAAUUUGUGAAUGCAAAUGAGUGCUUUUUGACAAGGAUGCAAGAAAUGUCAUUGGAUUAUCAUUUCACCGUGGAGCAAGAAGUGGGCUCGUCCACUUAUGCCUUCUUUGGCUUCAAUGGGACGGCAGGUGUGUGGAGGAUUGCGGCACUGAACGAGGCUGGUGGGUGGAAAGACCGCACAACAGUCGAAGAUAUGGACUUGGCCGUACGCGCCAGUCUUAAAGGCUGGAAAUUCUUGUAUCUUGGAGACCUUAAGGUGAAGAAUGAAUUGCCCAGCUCAUUGAAAGCCUACCGCUACCAACAACACAGAUGGUCAUGCGGGCCUGCCAAUUUAUUAAGAAAGAUGAUUAUGGAAAUCAUCACUAACAAGAAAGUAACAGCAUGGAAGAAAGUGCAUGUAAUUUACAGUUUCUUCUUUGUGAGAAAAGUGGUAGCACAUAUAAACACCUUCGUUUUUUACUGCAUUGUACUACCGGCCACCGUAUUGGUACCGGAAGUUGAGGUUCCCAAAUGGGGAUCUGUUUAUAUUCCUUCCAUCAUUACCCUUCUCAAUGCUGUUGGCACUCCAAGGUCAUUACAUUUAUUGGUGUAUUGGAUUCUGUUUGAGAAUGUAAUGGCAAUGCAUAGAACAAAGGGCACAAUCAUUGGGUUGUUGGAGGCAAGCAGAGUAAACGAAUGGAUUGUAACUGAGAAAUUAGGCGAUGCCUCCAAGCCUAAACUUGCUGCUAAAACUCCUAAAAAGCCACGAUUUUGGAUUGGGGAAAGGGUUCUGAUGUGGGAGCUUGGAGUGGGAGCAUAUUUGUUCAUCUGCGGCAUUUACGACAUUUUCUUUGGCAAAAACCAAUACUUCAUUUUCCUCUUCCUUCAAGCCAUAGCCUUCUGCAUCGUCGGAUUUGGAUUCGUUGGCACCCAUGUUUCUUCUUUUUGAUCGGAAUCCGCCACCGCAUAGCUUUCUUUUCCCUUAUUUUGCUGCCGUGCUUCCCUCUAUAAUUAUCAUUCCUCCAUAUUUCAUUUUCAUUACAUUUUAUAUUAUGAUGUAUAAUGUGCUUUUUUUUCCUCUACCCAAAUUCGUUGCUCUACAGUCUAUAUAUGUUUGUAAAGAGAGAAAAAGAAAAAAAGAGACGACAAAUUAUGCCUCUUUUUUUUCUUUUCUUUUAAGUUUUUUAUUUUUUUGACAUAAAAAUAGAUAAGUUGAGGAAGUCAAUGUGAAUAUAUUUGUGUGAAAGAAGAAUACUCAACAAUUUACAACCAAUCUUUCUGCCAUUGUUGAUUUUGGAACUCUGUCUUCUUAGAAAUAAUUCAACCUCAAAUUUUGGGGUUAAUCCAACGAGUCUAUGACUAGAUGAAUUAUGUUGGUGUUGA